AUGGUUUCUGUUGCCGAACAAUUCGGCACCCUUCGUAACACAUUAGGCUCGGUUUUGGGUAUUUUUACCGUUCUUCGAUGGCUUAAAACGCUCUUUGCGAGACUUACUGGCCGCCCUUUACCUGCUGACUCGAUGUCUUUGACACCCACCGCAUUUUCCAAUUUCCUUAGCACCGGCCAAUCUCCAACUGCCCCGUCCAAUCGGCCUCAAGGAUCACUUCGCCCAUCGAAGAAACCUUUUUUCUUUUUUGUAGCCGCAGUUUUUGGUCUCCCAUAUCUCAUGGGAAAACUGAUACGUACGCUUGCGCAUUCACAAGAGCUAGAGGCCAAACGGCAACAAGAUUUGAUGAUAGCCUCUGGGCAGCACACUGGCUCUAUCGAUCCUUCAAGGCUCGAUUUCUGCCGUGUCUUGUAUGAUUAUGCACCAGAAGUGCAAGCAGCUUCCGGCAUAGAUUUGACUGUGAAAAAGGGGGAUAUUGUGGCAGUUCUCUCCAAAAUUGACCCAAUGGGGCGUCCGUCUGAGUGGUGGAGAUGUCGAGCUAGAGAUGGAUCGGUCGGAUAUCUACCUGGACCUUAUUUGGAGACAAUACAACGGAAGCCACCACGCGAAAAGACAAUAGCUCCUGGUGAUAACAUAACGAAGACUGCCAGCAGUUUGGACGGCGCCUUAGAGGAUUACACAAAAUUUGAAAUUCAAAGUAAAGCCGUUGGCCCAUCCACAUGA